AAGAAAGAGAGAGAGACUAAUCGGCCUUGCGUGUUACUUCAGGUCAUUUGUAUCCGGCUUCGAUGGAAGGGUGGUAGAGAAGGCGCUAGAAAGAUCUUUAAGCGCACCUGCUUGCAUCGGGCCGGAUCCACCGCUACAGGCAGCUAAUCUGAAGCACUUUACACAUCGCACGAUUCGUUUUUUUAUUCUUCUGGAUAGACAGACGCACGUUUUGGGCUUUCCCUUGUCUUCUCAUCCUCCACCACCCUCUUCAGUCUUAAGAAGCGCUGCCCCAUGCUGGGCAUUUUGAUGGAAACUGCCGUAAGGAGUAAUAAAACAUGAGUGGUGUCUGCAAGGUGGCAAAAGCGACCGAGCACACUAACUGAAUUCCGGACAUUUGCUUCAGCUACUCUCCCCGAGGCACUGAUAAAGACAGGAAGGGCUGUGCUGUCAGGAGCUGGGUCGUGAUCGCGAGACGAAAGCUACUCCACAUCUUCUACCUCCACAGAGAGUAAGGCAAAAUGAUGCAGAUCUCAGAAUCCCACAACCAAAAACAUUCGCUCCUCAAUGCAAUGAACAGGUUCAUCGGAGCGGUGAACAAUAUGGACCAAAUUGUCAUGGUGCCGAGUCUUCUGAGAGACGUGCCUUUGGAGUAUGAAGGAAAAGAUGAGGUGAACAACCCUGUGAGCAACGGUGGAGCGGCCAACUUCUUUUCCUCCUCCGCCUCUGAACGGGACAUGUACAGCAAUUACGUGCUGCUCAAGUCCAUCCGCAACGACAUCGAGUGGGGCGUCCUGCAGGGAGACGAGCGCAAGAAGGAUAAGCUGGGGCUGGAGGGCGACGAAGGGGACGAGAAUCUGGAGAAGCUCUUCCACUUCCACCUGAACGGACUGCACAGCGUGCUGUCAAAGCUGACGCGCAAGGCCAACACCCUGACGAAUCGCUACAAGCAGGAGAUCGGAAUCGGAGGCUGGGGACACUGACAACCGCAGUCAACCAUCGUGUGCUGCGCGACAUCAUAGUGUGCUGUAGGUAGAGAACCGUACAUUACCUCUGCAAAAAAAAAAAAAAAAAAUCGAAUUCUGCGAAGAUAUAAUCGAAGUACACGAAUCCUCAUUUUAGUAUCUCAAAAGCUGCUGUUACAUUAAAACGGUUUGGGUAAGGCGUGGUCAGCGGGCGCUGACGGCCUCCCUUUUUAAUUUAUUUGCACUAUUACCAGUAUAGUUGUGCUCCUCCCGGUAUCACACGAGCUGUCAUUUUUGUGAAAGAGCAGGAAACUGAAAAACGCACAAAAAUCACUGCAUAUUUAUUUUCUGUGUGGUGAAAGAUAAGAGAGAGAAUGUUGUGUUUUUCUGUUUGUUUACGAUCUUUAUCGACUAACCCAAAUAAUUUGAGAAAACUUGAUUCCCGGCCAUGAUGAUCCAUUGAGAUUUACAGAUAAGAAGGAGUGCUGUGGUAGUACUAAAAUGACGAGGCUGUUUGAUUUCAAAAAGCCAAUGACACCACUAUUUAAGUCAUGAACGUUAUGGAACUGAAUGAUAAUUCUAUUUUCUGAUUAAUAAUAGUCUUGACAGAUUCCAUAUCUGAUUGUAUCAUAGUGGGGAUUAUUUUAAGUGUAAUUUUCUUAAAACCUUUUUUACAUGCUAGAGAAUAUUAAAAUCAAUAUAUUGUACAGAAAAUAAUAAAAUGUAUAAUUCUCUUGGCAA